AUGGCAACUGGUGGAUGGGAUUUGGCAUCACAUAAGACUGAAAUACGAGAUCUUUUAAAAACCCCUCUGAAGAAGGGUGAUAAGUGGUAUCUUUUGGCUACUUCAUGGUUCAAAUCAUGGAAGGUGUACGUUGAAUACGAAUCUUGGGAUGUACUCAAUUUUGGUCAGAAAAAAGCACACCCUGGACCUAUUGAUAAUUUACCAUUAAUAGACGAUUACACUGGAAAAUUGAGGGAACACCUGAUCGAUGAGUUAGAUUAUCAGCUUGUACCACUGAAUGCUUGGAAUAUACUUGUAUCAAGCUAUGGGCUAGUGGAUGAUCAGAUACCAAUAGAACGUUUUGUUAUAGAACAGGGAAUGUUUGUAAAGCACCGUAAAGUAGAAGUAUAUCUUUUAGAGGUAAAGAUGUGUCAAAAACAGUUCCAAUCUGAAAAUGUCAUUAGAUCUAUGAGUCGAGCUGAUGUAUUAGGUGAUGUACUUGAAACAAUACAAGUAAUAUUUGAUGUACCUAUUGAUGUGGAAAUAAAAUUAUACUACAAAUGUAUGUCAAACACUCUUGAACAGUUAACAAAAAUGGAAUCGACUUUACAGGAAGCAGCUGUAUAUCAAGGACAGGUUAUAUCAUUUGAUGCCUACAAAGACGGAAAGCUCGUGCUAACACCCUACAAACCUGUAAGUGAGGAGAUUUACAGUGAGGUCCUUAAGCAAAAGAAGAAAGUAACUAAUCCUGAUGCAGCUUCUAACACAGGAGAUGCCAAAAAAACUCAGAUACCAACAGAUGGGAAAUCACCGUUUAACAGCUACUGUGAACCUUGCUUCAGAGGAAACAAAGAAUCUGUUUCUUUCAGCUGGUGCUGUGAUUGUGAGGAAACACUAUGUUCUGUUUGUGAUGAAACACACCGGAUAAACAAAGUAUCGAUGUCACACACUGCAGUUGCUGUAGAAAAGCUAUUAUUAACUACUCCUAUUACUGUAUCUUCUUAUGUUCUGUGCGAAAUCCAUCCAGAAAUAUCUAUUGAAUUUCAUUGUCCUGAACACUGUCUUUUAUGUUGUCGGAAGUGUAUUCAAACAGUUCAUCGUACUUGUGAUAUCGUCUCCAUUGAAGAUGUAUCAAAAACGGCAAAGCAAUCUGCAUUGUUUGAAAAACUUUUUAUCGAUGUAAAGGAGUUAUUCCACACCACUGAACAACUGAAAGAGCGUCAUAGCAAAAAUUUGGAUGGAAUAAAUCAACAGGAAAUGGAGAUUACGAAUAAAAUAAAACAACUUAAAGUCGUCUUUGAUAAUCAUUUUGAAAAACUUGAAUCAAAAUUAAAAAAUGAAAUGAAACAACUAAAACAGAGAGCUGUUUCCAGUCUUAAUCAGAACGAGAAUACUGUAGAUAAACUAUUUAUGACUUUUGAAAAACAUAAUGCUAAUUUGAAAUUUGUCUCAGAUCAUGGUUCGAACAGACACGCCUUUAUUCUUGCAAAUAUUCUAAAACCGGAGAUUGAGAAGAAAGAAACAGAAUUAAAUGAACUUAUAGCUUUAGAACGGACAAUGGAUAUCGAAUUAAAAACCAACGUUGAUGCCCUCUAUCUAGAAAAUGCAAUUAAAAGCCUUGGAACUAUUGAAGUUUCGGAGACGUCAAAAGAAUUUAAAAACAUUCGGCCUUCAACUGCUCAGAGUAUGAAGUCCAAAGAGAAAAAAUAAGCAUAAAAAUUGAGAAUGUAACUCCACAUUAGCAAAUCAUAAAUAAGCUGUCAGAUUUUGAUUUACAAAGUAAGCAAGUUACCCAUUUACAUAUAAGAAAAGAGUCACAUUAUUAUGAAUACGCUUGGUUAUGUUUUGAAAUUAUCCCUUUGAUGUUUAAAACAGUCAGGAAUAUGUCUUACAUCACUUUGGGUUUUCAUGUGAGAUUUA